AUGUCAAGCCCUAUUUAUGUAACCGCUGCUUUCAGAUCAGGACAAAAAAACCAAGCCUAUAUAUUCAUGAAGAAGGAAUAUAUCAUUGAAGAAGUGAAUCCAGGUACAUAUAAUGACACAAUAUUAUAUGGACCAGCCAAAGUGAAUCAAUAUUCAUCUCUUAAGGGCACAAUUUUUGGAGACAAAGGAAUAGAUUGUGCUUUCCCUUCUGUAGAAGAAGGAGUUGCAUUUAUCUUCUCCGGGCCUUCCUCAAUUGAAGAGGUAUUCCCUUAUUUGAAGGGUACUGUUUUUGCGAAUGGGUUGGAUGCUGCAUUUGAGACAUCACGUCCUUAUGAAGUUUACCUAUUUAAGGGAGAUAAGUAUGCUUGUAUCUUCUAUGAGGGUGCUGGAAAACUGUUGAACAGUAGCCCCAUACGCCAAAACUGGGUGACUUUAAGAGGGACUAUCUUUGAAAAUGGCAUAGAUGGUGCCUUUUCUUUAGAUCAUGAUACUUAUCCGAAUUCGGUAUAA